AUGGAUCCUAAUAACCGUCUCUACCUCAACUUCGGCAAUGGCAACGAGCGACUGGGCUCUUCCGACCGACAGUAUCCCACCACACCCUCGACCUUCCCCCAGCCUGUUUUCGGUUCCCAACAAGCCCCGGGCGGCCAGCAGUAUGGCGGUAGUGGUGGUUACGCUCCUGCGAACAAUUACUUUCCGCCGAAUCAGCAUGGCGCUCAGGGCGGCUCGUACCAGCCGCGAUCCAACACCCCGGGUACUAAUGACCCCAACGUGGGCCUAGCUCACCAAUUCUCCCACCAGAAUCUGGGAGGGGCGGCUCGGGGUGCCUACGGGUCGCGUGGCGCGUCCAGCCAGCGACCUCGAACCGCUGGCUCCUCCGGCCAGCCGGGCUACGGCCACGCGAACGCGCCUCCGCUCCCCACCUCAGGAAACCGUCAAACGUCCGACUUCCAGCCCGCGCCCGAGCGGAACCCCGAAAAAUACGGGCUGGGCGCGAACAAUAAUCAGAAGAAGUGCUCGCAAUUGGCUGCCGAUUUCUUUAAGGAUAGCGUGAAGCGCGCUCGAGAGCGCAAUCUGAGGCAGAGCGAGAUGGAGCAGAAGCUGCAGGAGUCAGGCCAGUCCUCGUCGAGACGCGAGCAGAUCUGGCAGAACGGCGGGAAGAAGGAGGCUCGCUAUCUACGGUUUCUGCGGACUAAGGACAAGCCGGAGAACUACGUCACGGUCAAGAUCAUCGGCAAGGGCGCUUUCGGAGAGGUGAAGCUGGUCCAGAAGAAGUCGGACGGUCAGGUCUACGCUAUGAAGUCCCUUAUCAAGACCGAAAUGUUUAAAAAGGACCAACUGGCUCACGUACGGGCCGAGCGAGAUAUCCUCGCUGAGUCCGACAGCCCCUGGGUGGUUAAGCUCUUCACGACUUUCCAGGAUGCCAAUUUCCUAUACAUGCUUAUGGAAUUCCUGCCCGGUGGUGAUCUGAUGACGAUGCUUAUUAAGUAUGAGAUCUUCUCGGAGGAUAUCACGCGAUUUUACAUUGCAGAAAUCGUAUUAGCCAUCGAGGCGGUUCACAAGCUUGGCUUCAUUCAUCGUGACAUAAAGCCCGACAAUAUCCUGCUUGACCGAGGCGGGCACGUUAAGCUUACCGACUUUGGUCUGUCUACCGGUUUCCAUAAGCUCCACGAUAACAACUAUUACCAGCAGCUCCUCCAGGGCAAGUCGAAUCGGCCGAAGGACCGGAACUCUGUUGCUCUCGACCAAAUCAACCUGACGGUCAGCAACCGUUCUCAAAUCAACGACUGGAGGAAGUCUCGGAGACUGAUGGCCUACUCGACGGUGGGGACGCCCGACUACAUCGCACCCGAGAUCUUUACCGGACACGGUUACACGUUUGAUUGCGAUUGGUGGUCGCUGGGCACCAUUAUGUUCGAAUGCCUGGUUGGGUGGCCCCCCUUCUGCGCAGAAGAUAGCCACGAUACGUACCGUAAGAUCGUGAACUGGCGCCAAUCCCUGUACUUCCCGGACGACAUUACGCUUGGCGCGGAAGCGGAGCAUCUGAUCCGAAGCCUCAUCUGCAAUACUGAGGUCAGACUGGGACGAAGCGGGGCUCAGGAGAUAAAAGGCCACGCAUUCUUCCGCGGGGUGGAGUUCGACAGCCUCCGCCGCAUUCGCGCUCCGUUCGAGCCGCGGCUGACCUCGGCUAUCGACACGACGUACUUCCCGACAGACGAGAUCGACCAGACCGAUAACGCGACGGCGCUGCGGAACCAGGCCCUCUCGACGGGCAAGCAGGUCGAAGAAUCACCCGAGAUGAGCCUGCCGUUUAUUGGAUACACCUUCAAGCGGUUUGAUAACAACUUCCGCUAA